GGGGGGCUCCCGCAGCCCCUCUCCGGCGCCGCGCCCGCGGUCAGCAACGUGGGCAGCCUCACGGGCCUCACCUUCCCCUGGAUGGAGAGCAACAGGAGAUACACCAAAGACAGGUUCACAGUGGCGCUCUCACCCUUCACUGUAACACGUCGUAUAGGUCACCCCUACCAGAACCGGACCCCCCCCAAGAAGAAGAAGCCCCGCACGUCCUUCACGCGCCUGCAGAUCUGCGAGCUGGAGAAGCGCUUCCACCGCCAGAAGUACCUGGCCUCGGCCGAGCGCGCCGCCCUGGCCAAGGCGCUCAAGAUGACCGACGCGCAGGUCAAGACCUGGUUCCAGAACAGGAGGACCAAGUGGAGGCGGCAGACGGCGGAGGAGCGGGAAGCGGAGCGGCAGCAAGCCAACCGCAUCCUCAUGCAGCUGCAGCAGGAGGCCUUCCAGAAGACCAUCAACCAGCCCAUCCAGGCCGACCCCAUCUGCGUCCACAACUCGUCCCUCUUCGCCCUCCAGAACCUCCAGCCGUGGUCUGAUGACUCCACCAAGAUCACCAGCGUCACCUCCGUGGCCUCGGCGUGCGAAUAAAGCCCCGGGUGGUGGGGGCAUCCGCCUGCGUUCAGAGCCACCCCAGUCCCGGAGCCCCCUUCCUCCCCGGGGGCAGCUGCCACCCACGCACAAGUCUGGGGGAUGAUCCA